AAAAAAACCAAUCAUAAACUCUUUUUUUUUUUUAUUCAUUUCACGGGUGUUCUUGGGUGUGCUCCUUGGUUUCAACUUUCAAGUCGUUAAAAAGCACAUUUUUUUCUUUUUUCAAGUUAUAAAAUUUCACAAAGAAUCUUAAUAUUGCUGAUACAAUCAUGGAAGAUAUUUUGGCAAAGCUUUUAGUUGAUGACAGUGCAAUUAUUGCACAGGGUACUGCUGAGCUUCGUGAAGUUUUAAAAAAUCCAGAAAGUACACCAACUUUAUGUCAAAUUGUUGUAUCAUCAGUAAAUCCUGAGAUCAGACAAUAUGCAGGAGUAUUGCUACGUAAAAAAUUUAUCAAAGCAAAAUACUGGUCAAAAUUACCAGUCAAUAUACGUACUGAAAUAAAAUCAAUUAUUCUUGGUGGUCUAGUAAAUGAGCAAGAAAAAAUGGUUAAAAAUACAAUUGCUCAAUUAAUUGGUGCAAUUGUUAAGCAUGAAUUAUCAAAUAAUACAUGGCCAGAAUUAUUUCAAUUUAUUCAACAAGUUGUUGCAAGUAAUAAUAUUUUAGAAAAAGAACUUGGUAUGUAUAUACUAUCAAAAAUGACUGAAGUUGCACCAGAAAUAUAUUUGGCACAUGCACAAUCAUUGAUGACAUUAUUAGCUCAAACAUAUGCAAGUUUACAACAACAAUAUGGCAAUGACACUGGUUAUUAUAUUGUUAAAACAAUGGAAAAUUUAUCACCACUUGUUGAGGGUAAUCAAAUAAUGGUUAAUGCAUACAAUGAAAUGGUACCAUUGGCAAUAUUAACAAUUCAAGCAUUAAUUGAAAAUAAUAAUGAUAAAGCAUUAUAUUCAAUGGAAUUAUUUUAUGAAUUAUUUGAAAAUGCAAUAACAGUUGUAUCACCACAUAUUAAAAAUAUAAUUUUAAUGUGUUUAAUUGUUGCUAAAAAUACAACACUUGAAGAUGAAUUACGUGUUAAAUCAAUUGAAGUAAUAUCAUGUCUUGCAAGAACAAAAACACGUGCAAUUGUUAAAAAUAAAUUAGUUGAACCAAUUGUUGAUGUUUUAUUUGAGUUAUUAUCAAGUAAACCAGAUGAUGAAAAUGAUGAAAAUUAUUUUGCUGAAGAUGAUGAUGAUAUUACAACAUCAUUAGUAACAAUUGCAAGUGAAGCACUUCAUACAUUGGCAACAAAUCUUAAUCCUGAUAAACUUUUACCACAUUUAUUAAAACAUAUUGAGCCAAAUUUACAAACAAAUAAUAAUUAUGCUAAAAAAGCAUCAUAUUUAUCAUUGGCUGUACUUGCUGAAGGUUGUGCUGAAUAUAUACGUACAAAAUAUCUUGAAGAUUUUUUACGUUGUAUAUGCCAAGGUAUUAGUAAUCAAAGUCCAGUUGUACGUAAUGCAGCAUUAUUUGCACUUGGACAAUUUUCAGAACAUUUACAACCAGAAAUAAGUCAAUAUGCACAACAAUUAUUACCCGUAUUAUUUGAUUAUCUUGGACAAAUGUGUGAACAAUUAAAACAAGGAAAUAAUAAAACACCAUCUGCUGAUAGAAUGUUUUUUGCAUUAGAAAUUUUUUGUGAAAAUUUAAAUGAUGGUUUAUUACCAUAUUUACCAACAUUAAUGGAUAGAUUAUUUGUUAUAUUAGAAACUGAAGCAUCAACAGUACAUUUACGUGAACUUGCAUUAUCAGCAAUAUCAGCAUCAUCAAAUGCAAGUAAAGAAAAUAUGUUACCAUAUUUUCCAAAAAUAAUGUCAAUACUUGAUAUUUAUUUAGUUAAUACAAAUAAUGAAUUUGUUAGAGAAUUUGAUGAUGAUGAUCCACGUAUGGAAAGUAAUCCAAAUUGUUUAUUGGUACAAUCACUUGAUACACUUGGUGUAUUAGCAAGAACAAUUGGUGAAAAAAAUUUUUCACCAUUUAUUACAAAAUCAAUGAAUUUAAGUAUUACAUUAUUAACAGAAGUAUAUGAUCCAGAUGUACGUAAAUCAAUUUAUGGAUUACUUGCAUCAUUAGCAUUAUUAACUAAAAAAGAAAUGGCACCAGUAUUACCACAAAUACUUGAUUAUAUAAUAAAUAGUAUGCAAAGUUCUGAUGGUGUUGUAACAUAUUAUAAAGAUGAUGCUCCAAUUGUUAAUUCUCAAUUUACAGUAUAUGAAGAUUUAGAUGAAAAAGAAAAUGAAGAUGAAGAAGAUAUUGAAAAUACUGAUAAUGAAGAUGACAAUGAUGAUGAUGAUGCAGAUGAUGAUGUUGCUGGUUAUUCAGUUAUUAAUUCAUAUAUUGAAGAAAAAGAAGAAGCAAUAUUGGCAUUACGUGAAAUUGCACAUUGGACUGAAGAAGCAUUUAUGCCAUAUAUUGAAAAAUCAUUUGAAGAAACAUUUAAAUUAAUAAGUUAUCCACAAGAUAGCAUUAGAAAAGCAUCAAUUGAAGCAUUAGCACAAUUUUGUAUUAAUUUAUCAAAAAUUAAUACACAAGAUGGUAAAAUUGCAUUAUUAAAAGCACUUGGUGUUUAUGUACCAAAAUUAUCAGAAAUAAUACGUCUUGAUGAUGAUUUAUCUGUUGUUAUAACAGCAAUUGAAGGUCUUACUGAAUUAUUAAAAGAAAUUAAAGAACCAGUUGUUAUUGCUGAGGGUCAUAAAGAUGCUAUUAUGAAUUGUAUUAGUGAUGUAUUUAAUGGUAAAGUUGAAUGCCAAGAUCAAGAUGAAUGUGAAUGUGAUGAUGAUGAAGCUGAACAAGAUGAAUAUUUAAUUGAAUGUACUGGUGAUUUAAUGGCUAAUUUUGGUAAAACAAUAAUACCAGAUGAAUUUGCUUUAUUCUUUCAAAAAACAUUGCCAUUUUUAAAAAAUAAAAUUAAAGAUAGUAAAUCUGAUUCACAACGUUCAUUUGCUGUUGGUACUAUUGCUGAAUGUUUAGGAAGUUUAAAACAUAAUAUAGUACCAUUUGUACCACAAUUAUAUCAAUUAUUUAAAAAAUGUCUUGAUGAUCAUAGUCCUGAAGUUAGAAAUAAUGCAUAUUAUGGAAUUGGUGAACUUGUUUAUCAUGGUAAAGAAUGUCUUUAUCCAACUUACAAUGAAAUACUUCAAUUACUUGCUUCAAAUUUACCAAGAGAAGAUUCACCUGGACCACGUGAUAAUAUGACUGGUAUUAUUGCACGUUUGAUUAUAACAAAUCAUUCACUGGUUGAUGUUGAAAGAGUUUUUCCAGUUUUUGUACAACAAUUACCACUUAAACAAGAUUUUGAAGAAUAUAAAGCUGUUUUCAAGUGUAUUCUUACACUUUAUCAAUCUGGAAAUGAAAUUAUCAAACCACAUAUACAAACAUUUUUGAAAAUUUCAAUCUGUCUUCUUCAUGAAAAACAAAUUGAAAAUGAAGAAACAAAAAGUCUUGUUGUUGAGUUUAUAAACUCCUGUCAAAGAGAUUUUUCCAAUGAAUGGGCUGCUGUCUUGAGUGAACUAUCUCCAGAAAUUCAACAAACUUUUUCAUCUUAAAUGUUUUUUUUUUUUAAAGCUCUGACACAAGGCGUCCUUUUUUUUUCUUCCUUACAAUUUAAGCAGUUUUAAUUUUUCUUAUAAAAAAAAAAACUUAACAACUGAUUUUUCAUUUAAAAAAAAUAAAAUAAAAUCAUAUAUUUUUAAAAGUUAUUAUUUUUUUUUAUAUACAGACAAAAUAAAUAUAUUUUUGUUACAUGCAAAAAUAGCUGUUGAUAAACAAACAAAAAAAAAAAAUUAAAUGAAUCGAAUUCAAUGUUGUAUUUUUUUUUUUCUUUUAUUUUUAGUUUUUGGGUAGAAAAUUAUAUAUUGAAAGUUGAAUACAUCAAUAAUAAUUAAUUUCUAAUAAUUAAAACAAAUGGGACAUUAAAAAAAAAAAUCAAGUUUUAUUAUAAAAAACUUGAUUAAACUUAAUAAAAAUAUUAUUCCAUAAUUAUUAAACUAAUUUUAUAUUUUUUAUUCUUUUUUUCUAACAAAUAUAGGUAUAUAUAUAUUUUUUUUUUUCAAAUACUAAAAAAACUAACAAACAAAAAUUUAAAUGCAAAACAAUGUAUAACUAAAAGUAAAUUAAAAUAUUUGCAUUUUUAUACUAUGUAUAAAUUGAAAA